AGCUGAUAUAAAUUCAAAAUGGCGAAGGUUGAAGAGAAAACGAAGUUUUGUCAAUCUAAAUUCUAUAAAGAUUGGAAUCCAGACACGCUGGCCAAAUACAACAGUGUUGCUGAUAAACAUUUGCGGAGUUUCUUCCAACAGCCGGGCAAACAGAUUCACCUGCAAAGAAUCAAACAGAUGACUCCUGAUGGUCGAAUGGUUGGUGAGAAGGAAUGGCGGAGAAUGAAUCUGGAAUGGGAAAGAAGAAGAAGAGAUGCCAAGGAAGAAGAAGAUAGAAGAAGAAGAACGGAAGAGGAAGACAGAAAACGAAGGAUGGAGCUGCGUCAGCUGUCUAAACAAGAGGAUAUGGAAAGAAGAAAGGUGGAGGAGAGACGAAGAAGAGAAAGGGAGCAGGCAGCAGGACUUAGAGAUGUAGCAUUUACUAACAGUAAUAGUAGGGUGGACCCUCAGGAAAUAAAGAAGAUAGUCGAUAUUAUUAAUUAUGAGAUUGAAUAUGUUCUGAGACCUGUAUCGGCUCCUGCAAGACGUGUGAAUGGCCCUAAGCUGCGUACUAGCCGAAGAGCUCGAAGUUCCACUGGUCGUCAACAUGGCCGCCAGGUGUCCACUUCAAUCAACGGAUAUCCUAGAGUCCCAGCAACAAGAUCUUCAAGCGCUCAUCCCUUCAACACAGAUAAAUAUGCUGUACAGGCCAUUGAACCCUCUCGUAGACCUCAGAGUAGCAAUGCCAGCAAACAAAUCAGAAAUAUUUGUGUGCCUGAAAAUGAAUUUAAUUCUCAGAAUCCUAGGCCCAACACUGCACCUCAGCCACGUCACAGGUCCCCUACAAGACCUAAUUAUAAAGAGGAGGAGUACAAACAGAGCAGUAUAACACUAAGAUAUAUUGGAAAUGUAGAACAUAGGGCUCGAAUGAGAAAUAAAAAUAUUGGAAAGAAAGGCCUGAGUCCAGUGAUACCUGCUUAUCUUGACGAGGUGACAGUACACCAGCAGCCCCGAGGUUCCUAUACCCUGGAGGUGUUCAAAGGAUACCUAGCUGUAGGAGAUGAAUUUUGGUUUACAUCGCGUCGAGUUGAAGGAUUUCCGUUUAGCUUAACAAUGUUUGUAAACAAACAAUGCCACGUCAGAUUAUCAGCAUGCUGUGAGAGCAAGAGGAUUGUAGGAACAAGGUUGGGACAGGGUAUGUUUACUCUGGUUGGAGUAGAGGGUGCUGAUCCAUGUCUACGUUGCAUGCUUGAAAAAGACCCUGUGGCACAAAAACAUCUGGCAAAGUUGAAGAAGUACAGAGGAGAGUAUGAUGAAUGGGGGAACAGAAUAACAAGAUCAACUCAUCUUCUCCUUGAUACUCCGGAUUCAGAGAAGAGAAAACGACGGAGGAAUAAUAAGAAAAAGAUGAAACAAGAAGAAGAAGAAGAGGAGGAGAAGGAGAGGUCUAAGGAUAUUGAAGAGUAUGAGUAUUCGAGAGUGGAGGAGUAUAGAUAUUCCCCUCUGUCUCCUUCCCCCUCUCCUCCCUCGAGACCUAACAGGAAGUCUUCCAAUGGAGGCCAGGGAGCUCAAGGAGCUCAAAGAGGUCAGGAAGGUCAGGAAGGUCUAGCUAGAGGUCAGAGGUUGACCUACACCGAGAGAAUGGAAGAGGAGCACACCUACACUGCUGUAAGGGGAGAUAGACAUUAUCUUAGAAGGGAGCAAAAACCCCGAGAGGAACCUGAACCUGAAAAUCAUUAUGAAAGUGAUUUUGAAAAUGAAAAACAAGAUGCUGAGUAUUCAUAUGAGGAAGAAACUUAUGAAGAUGAGAACUCAGAGAAUCCUGAGGAGAGCAAAGAGUAUGAAAAUGAUUCUUUUGCUGAUGAAGUUGAAGGAUCCUGUAGAUCCUCUUUGUCCAACACUCCGACUGAUUCUUCGCAGAAAGUAAGUGAAGCUGAUUAAUUGAGAAAACACACUUUAAAAACACCAGCAGGGAAUACCAUUUUGAAGACGACAUUUUACAACUUUAUUAAUUUUUUAUUGUCGUCUGAAAUUCUUUAUGCCUGGUGUUUGUAGAGUCUGGAUGAUGUGAAAAGAGAUCUAUUUUAGUCAACAUGUUUUGGCCACAAAUAUACAUUUUCACCGGAGAAGAAUCGGGGGGGGGGGGGGGGGGGC